UGGCCGGGCGGCAUGCAGGCGGCGCGGCGCGCGCGCUCCCUCGUGAGCCGGGCGGGGCCGCGCGUCCUGGUGGCAGGCCUGGGCAACUAUGGGCUGCGAGGGACGCGGCACAGUGUGGGCAUGGCCGUGCUGGACCGGCUCGCCGGGCAGCUGGCGGUGGCCGACCAGUGGCGAGCGGACGGGCAGUGUUGCGCUGACGUGGCCGUGGCCACGGCGCACGGCGUGGAGCUGGUGCUGCUCAAGCCACGGAGGCUGAUGAACCUCAACGGGCUCAGCGUCGCCUGUGCCGCCAAGAUGUACAACCUGAGCCCAAAAGACAUUUACCUGGUUCACGACGACCUGGACAAGGCCCUGGGGAAGGUGGCAAUCAAGCUGGGAGGCAGCGCAAGGGGACACAACGGGGUUCGAUCCUGCAUCAGCGCUCUGCACUCCAACGAGAUGACACGGCUCAGGGUUGGCAUCGGGCGGCCAGAGGGCGGAACGACAGUGACCUGCUACGUCCUGGGCCCAUUCAACAGCAGGGAGCAGGAGAUGCUGCAGCACGUUCUGAGCCAGGCAGCCACUUGCCUGCUGGAGCACAUCCUGCAGAGGAGCGCAUCCAGGGGAGAGCCAGGGGACAGGGGGUGACACUAAUCCUUGACGACCUGCGUGGCUGAUGGAUAGGGUGCUCUGGGCUUUCCUGAGUGACCAUGAUGCCAAGCAGAGUGGGAUUUGCCAGGCAUCCUGGCAGGACACUAGGACAGUCUCAGUCCAGCCCCAAUCUAUUCACUUGUACGGAUGGAUCCAGACAGCUCCUGUGCACAGACCUCUGCAAUGGCUUUAAAAGCAGUUUUGCACAGACAUGAAAUAAACCCCCAGCCCCA